AUGAACUCGUUGGACCAGGCAAUUAAUCUCAAAGUCCAGGUGACCACUCUAAUAGACGAAACAAUCACCGGCACCAUCUAUGCAUUCUCUCCCAAACAACAUGUCAUUGCAUUGAAAACCCCAGAACUGUACCGAAUCAUCAACAGUUCAUUCAUCAAAACGCUCACACUUACCGGACCUGUCCCCAAACGUUUUCACAAAAGUCACGAAUCGUUCAAGGGAAAGCCUGUCGAUAUCCGCAAGCUUGAAGCUAGAUUGAAAAAUGCAGUAGAGAGAGGAGGCGUGGAGAACCACACUAAAUCUGUGGCUGCAUCUAAAAAGCCUGAGCCUAGCGCUUUGGCAUUGAAGAUCCAUGGAAAGUUGGUUAACAAGUUUGGAAAGGAGAACGUGCAUUUGCAGGGAAACGACUCGAUGCUCUUGUUCAAAGAGGUGGUGGUUGGGAAACCAUACGCACUUAACAAGAUAAGCAACGGGAAGAAAACACAAUCUUCCAAACACUUGGAGGAGGUCAAAACGGCGUUGCGCGAGAUGUGGUUACUGGGUAAUAAUACUAAACAGGGCGGUUAA